GCGGACAACGAGAGUGAUUUGGAAACAGACGGGCUUGAAUUAGCCCUGGACACGUUGUGUGUCAGACACUGCAGCGACGAGUCGUCUCUGAACAGCAAAGGCUAUUGCUCUGAGUUUUGUGAGUUGGUCGAGGAGUACACGGGACAAUGGCAAGUUCCUCUCCCGCAGCUGAAGGUGCUGCGGACGGCGCUCAGCAACUUUACCAAAGCCACCACUGCCUUCCCUGAUGACUGUCAGCACAUCCACUAUGUUCUCAGCAGUCUGGCCUUGAGCUUCUUUGAACUGAUGCUGUUUUUCAGCAAGGAGGAAUUUGUGGAAGAGCCUUUAAAAGACAUCCUUGAUUCUUUUCAGGGGUGCCACUGUCAACUCCUGCGGCACAGGAACAUCUACCUUCAGCAUGUGAAGCAGAUUAUCAAAGCAGGAGGCCCGUGGGAGAGUCCAGUGCUGCAAGGAAUCCUAAAGGGGGCAGUUUUGCCACCGAAUGAGGUUGAAAACUACUUGAGCUCAGAAUUGCCAGUGUUCUUGGAGCUGCGGGUUCGAUAUCUGCAAGCCUGUGAGCGAAUGCAGGAGGCCAUGGCUCUGGCUAAAAGCUGCCUGGAAAAUCGUGAGGCUGGAAAACAUCUAUUCUUCCAUCAGGCCUACCUGACCUGCCUCUACAAGGCCUCGCUGCACGAAAACCUUCACAAGGAGAUGGCGGAGAUAGAUGGCCGUGAUGCUGUGGAGAUCAUCUGCAACACCGAAAGUGUUGAAAAAGAUGAGCUGCUGUUGUCACUGUGUAAAGCUUUCCUCACCCAGCAGCUACACAACGGAGACAUGUACUACAUCUGGGACUUGGUGUUCAUCUGGAGCAGGUUGCAUCUAAGGGCUCAUCCCUCCAGGCAAGGCUUUCUGGCUGAGUGCUUACAGCUCGCCUCCUCUGCUACGAAUGUCAGAGCCAUCUUCCCCUUCAUCAAACUGGUCACUACAGAGCUUGGUGUUGAUGGAGUCCAGGUCUGUGUGGAGCUUUGUGCCAGGGCCUUGCAGCUGUGUGACAUGCAGGCAGACACUGUAACCCGGUCACUGGUCUGCAAGACCAUCGCGUUCCUGCUGCCUCAUGACCUGGAGAUCUGUCGAGCAUGUGCCCUUCUAGUUUUCUGCCAGGAACGAAGCCUUGAGGCAUAUCGAACUGUCUGCCUGCUUUACAUGCACCCUGACCAGGAGCCGCAUCCACACAACAGCCCUGUCCGCACCAGUGUUCGCUUCCAUAUUCUGCAGAGGCUCAAGGAGCGCCUGUGUUUUGACCCCGAAUUUUGGAACCUGCUCACCCUCAGGACUCAUUGCUUGGAGUUGAUGAGUGACAAGGUCAUGAAGGCUGCUGUUCUCAGUGAGAUGGAAGAGGAAGAGGAGAAGAAAUACAGCGAAGAGCUGCUAACAAAUAACUGUGUAAAUGACUCAUGCACUCAAGAUUUCCAUUCAUGCCACUGCACUGACGCUGUAUUGGCGAACCAAAACCUCCCAGAAGAGCAAACUGUUGAUGAAGAGGCUAGAAAGUGUGUUGCUCCAUCAAAUAAUGCUCCUCUGAAGAGGAGAAAAUGGAGGAGAAGGCUGCGGAGGAGAAAACAACCUACAUCUGAUGACGAGUUAGACGUCUGUGAUGAUCCAGAGAUCAGCUACAAUCUGGAAUCCACCUCUUUGAGCAAUAAGCCCGUGUACUCGCUACGACGCAAUCACACUAACAUGGAAACUCCUGCUUCUGUAAAGCUCCCUCUAAACCGCAAAAGAGAAUACUUGUCUAGAUGUGUUAAGAGCCAAAUUUUGAAAAGGAAAGGUCGCAAGAAAAGAUGGUUGCAGGGUCUUCCAAGACUGGACCCAGUACAGACUGUCAAAGAGAUAAAGGUCAAAGUUAGAGGAAGGAAGCGGGGUCGGAAGCCUUUACCAAAACUGGAGCUCUCUUACCCUGAAAAUGAAAUAUUCCUUACCGAGGAGGAGUCUGGUUUUGAGGAUAACACUGACACAGAGGACAACGAGCCGGAAAUGCCUCACCUGGAGAACGAACUUGAACACAACAGUGAACAGAAAGAGAUUGAACUUGAUCAGAUGGAUGACGCUGAGAAAGAAAACAGACAACACACUGACAUCUUUUGUAGCAGCAGCCUCAGUGAACAAACCCAAGAGGAAUCCCAAACACAGUUCAUGUCCCAGCUGUGUGAAGGUCCUCCUAGUGAGCUUCACGCUGCUGUAGAAGCUAAUCCUGAGCUGGAUGGUCCUCCUUUAGAGCUACUGGACUGUCCAGUGGAACUGUUACACAAUUACUCCCUUAAAUCCAAAAAGCUUGACUGUGAGAAGCCUUUAGAGUCUGCUGCAUCUGAGGAGCUUAAUGGCAACACUGAACCGGAGCCCCACCCAGCAGUGGAAGCCAGAGUCUCCAACACUGAGGUGAAAGCCAAGAAAACAUGGAAGGACAGAGUUCUCCGCACUCAACAGUAUGCCCAUCUGAUGUACCACUGCAACGUCUGCCACAAGGACUACAAGGGCUUGAAUGUUAUGAGGCACGCUCUGUCACACCUCAAGAGCAGAAAACUGAGAUGUAUUCUGUGUGGAAAACGCUUUAAACAGCUCCCCUUUGCCAAAAAGCAUGUCCUGGAUCACAUUGAUGCCAUGUGUAAGCAGAAGCCCCCUGAUAAGGCGCCAACUACUGAGGACACGCCAGCUGCUAAUGGCGUCGUAGAUAAUGUGGAAAAUCAGUGUCAGCCUCAGGACGAAAAUCAGAGUUCUAUUUCUGAUACCGAAACUCCUGAACAGAAACCUGGAAGCAAAAUGAAAGUGUCGAGCCUCAAGAGGGAAGAACGAAUCAUCAGGAACCUCCGUACGCUCAUCAAAAAGACUUCUGUGCUUCACAAAAAAUGCAAGAACCCUAACAUGAAUAUAUUCAAGCAGGUAGACUUCAAGGACGAGCAAGUAGUCAUUAAAGACGGCCUGGUGAUUGUAAGAGAUCCAUCAGUGAUGGAGAAGGAAGGAGAGGAAGAGGGGAAAGAGAUGUCUGCAGGAGAAAACGGCUACGGUUUGGACAUCACGUAUCACUUGUGCCCAUCGGAGUCCUGUGACAGAGUGUUCCUGAGGAUCAGCACCACGCUGACGAAACAUGCAAUCAAGUGUCAUAUUAAUGAAGAGAAGGUGCUGGAGAAGACUUACGUUUGGGCCAAGCACAAGUGCUCCCUCUGCCUCAGGCAGACUCAGUUCCUUCAGCAUUACAAGGACCACAUGAAGCUUCACAACACUCCUCUCCCGCACUUCUGCUACCAUCUCGAGUGUGACCAGCGCUUUUUAACGCAGCAGGAAUUAAAAGACCACGUUAGCACUCACCAGCCCUUCAGACCUCAGUGUCCGUUCACGGACUGCGAGAAGCUUUUCUCGAGUCUUCAGGGCCUCUACGACCACGAAUGGAGACACUACAUUCCAGCUCCGCAGAAAGACGAGCUUGAGCUGGGACCCAAUAGACAGAUAAAGCAAAGUGCCGAAGCUCCGUGGAAGCAGAGGGUGAAGGUGGAGGAGAUAUGGCUGCAGAAUAAGAAGGGCCAAAGGGAGAGUCCCACUCCUGAUGUCGAGGCGUCUAAUGUUCAGGAGCUCUGGGACAGUAGCAAAGCUGAAACUCAAGCUUGUGAAGUCCUAGACAGCAAUGAAAGAUCUGAUCACUGUUCAGAGAAAACAGCCAGUAACGAGCACACUGACGACAGCAAACCCACCGUCAAUGGAUAUGAAGAUGUGGCAAGAAAUGAGGAGCCGAUGUCCACUUCCCACACUGCUGCUGCUGAUGCAGCAACCACCCCCAGCAAGAGGUGUCGGAAACGAACCGCCAUGGACUGGGACCCCAUAAACGUCCGAGAUGUGGAGGAUAUGUCCACUAUGGCCGAGGGAGUCCAGCAGAACAUGGGAGAGCCGCACAUCGCCGAGCACAAAACCUUCAAGCCCGAGGAUCCCUCCUACGCAACCUUCGUCAAAGCCCCGUUCAUCAGGCCGCCGCCCUCCACCUACCUGGAUGAGUCCCUGCUCUCAAUGCGCAAGAGGAGGUCCGUAGACGAGGCUGCUCCCCGGAAAUACGUCUACUGGAGUCAUAAGAAGAAGAAAGACCCCGCCCAGGAGAACGAGCAGCAGGUGGUGCAGGUGGAGCCUGAGCAGAAGACCAGACAUCGCUGUGACAAAUGUCUGUCCUCCUUCAGCAGCUUAGAGGAGCUGCAGAAGCACCAAGCCCUCAACACCUGCUCCGCACUCUUUGGCUUCGAUUCGGACGAUGAAAGUUAGUAGUGUGUGAAGCGGACCUGCGACUGGAGCGACCACCUGGAUCAGCAAGAUAAACGAACACUGGAGCUCUUUCUCAAUCCUCAGUUACGAUGCUUGUGUGUGUGAACAUGAGAGCGGUGGUGCGAUGAAAGAGAGAGCAGACUCAGUAUAUCCUUUUAAUUCAGCAUUGCAUAUUUACUAGUCAUGAACAUAUUGCUUGAACCCCAGGAAAGAGGAAAAUAGAACGAUUAUAUUAGAAUUGCUUAUUUAGAAAAGUUUUUGCAUCACAUUUUCCUGAUACAUGAGGUAUUUUUUUUUGUUUUUUUUGUUGAAAAAGUACAGGGAGCAUCAAUAUAUGUAAAUAAAAUCCUUUGUCUUCUCUUCACUUGAGUCCACAGAGUAAUAAUAAGUCAGUAAAGGUGCACUUUGUCGCUGAAGGCUCGUUUUUAAAGACAAAGAAAACGUGCCGCCGAUCUCAACAUCUCUGCACGAUUUAGUCAUCAAUUUAAUUCUGACUUCACCGGACGUGGAACUACUGUAUUCUGAUAUCAGGUUUGACGCUUUAGGUCCAACUAUUUCUUAUGGCUAAAGUUUACAGGCUAAGAACUCGACGCAGCGACACAGAAGCGGUCCUGCUACAGGCCAGCAUUCAAGAUCGAAGGGUUUCCCAGCAGAGCUCAUGCAGCGAUUGCAUUCCGGCUCUGACACAUGCUCAUCUAACCGCUUGCUUUGGUGCUGCUUGUAGCUUUAAAGGAAAAAAAAAAAAACAUUUCCAGUAAUGUGCAGAAUUAAAACACAUGAUCUCCAAA